AUGGAUUAUUCAGAAAAUGUUCAAAACAAAAAUUUCACCCCUAUUUCACAACCUCCUAACUUGACAAGAGACCAAGAACAUGCUAUCAUGGUUUCUACUUUGCGACAAGUGAUAUCCAACACUGGAGGUGAUACGUCAUCAUCUCACUACAUUGCUGCAAGUGAGGCUCUUCCACCUUCGGACGCUGGCCCUUGUCCUCUUUGCGGCGUCACCAGUUGCUACGGGUGCGCAUUCCCACAGCAUGAAGAGAUUAAGCAGGAGAAGAAGCAUAAAGGAGUGAGGAAGAAGCCAUCAGGAAAAUGGUCGGCGGAAAUAUGGGAUCCGAGUACAAGAACAAGGAGGUGGCUUGGAACGUUUCCGACGGCAGAGAUGGCAGCGGAUGCUUACGAUGAGGCAGCGGCUGCGCUUGUCGAAAAAAGAUCAGCGAGACGUGGCUCAAAGAAGGGAGAAGGAAGCAUUCACCAAGAAGUCGGCGGCGGAGAUGACUGA